AUGGCUCUUCACCCGACGAUCGCUGCUCAGAUGAUGGCCGACGCCCUGGCGGCGGCUCGGCGUACUGGCUGGGUCCCGGUCAUCGGCCUCCUGACGACGGACCAGAUGACGGACCUCAUCGACGCCGGGCACGCGGCGAGUCAGCUGAUGGUGGGCCUGGUCCAAGGCACGACGACGGAGGAGGCGGCGGAGGUCGCGACGAUGACAGCGGGUGGCACCGGCGGCACUGAGAGCAUGCCCUUCGUGCCGACGCCCAUUCCUGAGGGCGACGAAGAUGGUGACGACGUGGUGCUGGAACAGCCGGUUCUGAGCGGGACGGCGGAGGUUGGGUCCCCGCCCGUUGGCCCUUCCACGGCGGCGGCGCCCACCCCGAUGGCUACCGCACCGACGCCCUCAGGCAGAUCGACGCCGGCCAUUGUGAAGGCGACGCCUCCUGGGGAGCUGGCCCCAUUGCCAUCGGCGCCACCCUCGGUGCCGGCAUCAGGGACGACGACACCGGCGCGGGCUGAUUAUUUCAUCGACGCCGCCACCAAGGCCAAGGCGACGUCCUUGUUGGCGUCCAGGGCCGACACAUGGCAGGUCGCGGCGCUCACUUCAAUGCCCUCCUCUGGGACGACGACACCCGCACAGUCGGGGCGGCGAGGCCCGCCCAACGCCAGGGAGAUUGUCGCGGCGUUGAAUGUUCAGGCGACGCAGUCUCGCCCUGCCUCAUCUUCGACGUCUGCCGGGCGGCGUCCCUUCUUUACUGGCCUCGACGCCAUGGAAGAGGCUUCGGCGGCGGCCUCAGGAGCGGCGUCUCCCACUGGCAGCGCCCGCCACAAAGCCCCUCCGACGCCGUUGGGGCGGCGGCGCCGAGGCGGCGCCCAUACACCCGGGUCUGGGAUCGCUGCGACGGUCACCGUGGCGGCGGAGAACAUUGAGACGACGGAGCCGGUGGUCUACCCGCCGACGCCCAACCCCUUCGACGACCCGCCCAUGAGCACCUCGGCGAGCCACUCAACAGCCGCAGCCUCUGCGGCGGACAGGCCCAUCCCGCAGACCUCGACGACGACCAGGCAGGGCCCAGAGGCGGCAUCGUCCUCGGCGAGCUCAUGGAUCAAUGAGGCCUCGGCGUCGGCGGGCGUGGCCCCCGCUACGGGUGCGGCCCCCGCCCAGGCCGACUGGGGCGACGUCCCCUGGGAGAACCCUCUCGACGCCCAGGCCAUGGCCAGGAUCGCGGCGGCGGCGAGCAAUGAGGCCAUGCGGGCAGAGAGGCGGCGCAGAGAGGCAUCGGCCCAUGAGCGACGCCAGUAUGAGGCGUACGAUCCGCGGCGGUGGGGCAGCACCCCGUGGACGGCGGAGGAGGUGGGCCACAUCUCUCCGGCGUACUUCGAGUACAAACGCCUGAUGGAGAGGGCCGGCGCGUCAGCCGAGGACACGGCGGUGCCACCACACCUUCGGCGCUUCGCCUACACUGGCCUCGGCGAGCUCAGGGCGAUGGAGGCCAGCGGCGCCCUGCCCAGGCCAGUGACGCCACGGCGUGGCGAAGACCCGCCAGAGGCGGAUUACCCCUUCCUCCGACGCUUGCCCACCGGCGUGGUCGGCGCCAGAAUCACGGUGCGGCACAGCAAGGAGGAGCGGCGGAUUGUUGGCUGGUGCGCGCACCCGUGCACGGUGCCGCACCGCGACGCCGUGUGCGGCGGAGAAGGUCGCUGCCUCCGACCUAUCGCCCUCGGCGCGGCCGGCUCACACGGCUCAUCCGGGAGCCACAAAUGCCCGGCGUGUGAGGGCCUGCGAGCCCAAGGGCGGCGCUGA